AUGAAGAGCUCCGCCUCUUUCCUCUCGCCUCCCCCCUCCCCUCAUCCCGCCCCCCUCCCCCUCCCCUCCUCCUCUUCUCUGAUUGGCUGCCCUGAGCUCGACCUCUCUGUCACUGUCAGCCCCGCCCCCAAGACUGGACCCCCCCACAGGAAGCCCCGCCCCCUCCAGACAGGAAGGAAGAGGAACUCAAAGGUGGUCGUCACGGUAACACCGGAGCCUCACAUCCCACAGAGCAGUGACGUGUUGCCUCAGCAGCCAACCAGCAGCCUGAGGAGGACAAGAGGUGGUCGCCAUGGUGGAUCCCCCACACAGAGGGCAGAGCUUCCUCCCCCAUCGUCCAAUGAGGAUCCAGGAUGUCUGGAGGAGGCGGAGCUACACAGCACACUGGCCCUGAGGGCGGAGCUUCAGUCACUGCAGGGGGCGGAGUUUAACUCCCAGAAGGCCGUUCAGGAGACUCUACGGAAGUCAGAGAGGACCAAAAACCUGAUCAACAGCAGAGCGACUGAAGGAGUGAAUGUCUCUCGCUCUCAGCUCCUCUUCACCUCAUUGGUCAGCGUUGACGUGCAGCAGGAUCAGCUGAUCAGCCAGGUGCUGCAGGAUAGGCUGCUGCUGGCCCCGCCCCCCCGUAGUCAUGACAACAAGGCAGCAGACGGCCCCUCCCCCCUCCUCUUCAUGACCUCUGACCUGCUCAGACAGAAGCCCCUCCCACUGGAGGAGGAGCCAAUGAAGAUGAAGCUCCGCCCAUCAACGUGUCCCGCCGCCGCAACCUUUGACCUCUACAGCCGGAGGAGCCGCUGGGAGGCCUGA